GUCCUUUCCCCCUCUCUCAUCUUCCUUGUUCUCCAGCGGUCUUUAAUAUUGAUACCCAAACAGUUACCGUCUUAUCUCAGCGCUCUAACUGACACUUGAAACUAGGAGAAUCAACUCCAUAUCGUACACCCCUCAUAGCUCCCACUUUCAUGCAUAUCCUUUGAGAAGGUAAAGGAUGUGGGUUAUUACCGGACCCUUUGAUGGAGCACUCAACGCGCUGAACGUCCAAAAGUCAAAGCUCCUGAAGCCAGGAAGAACAUAUGUACUCGGAAGGAAGGAUAGGGCUCUGGUCGUGAAUCACAAGUCGGUCUCACGAGAUCAUUUGUCUUUCACGGUUGGUGCUUACUCUGAAGAGGAUGUUUCUGACCCGGACACGAAACCUACUUUGGAGCUUCAUAAUACCGGCUCCAAGUCCAGGCGGGUAGAAAGAGAAGACCAGGCACUGAAUGUCAACGCACAAUCGUCACUACAGCUUCAGGAUGGUGACAAGAUCUUUGUGCUUAACGAUGUGACCCUCAGUAUUAAAUGGGAGACUGUUUGCUGCUACUUUCCUACCCAUGACACGUCUGUAAUUCCAUAUACUGGCUGUGCGAAACUCGGAAUAUCUGUUGUACUCACUCCGCACCCAUCUGUCACUCACCAUAUCACACCGACUCUUUCAUUAUCCCCGCAAAUUGCAUGCUCAUUACUAACCCUGGCGCAUUUCAUUCGCCCUGACUGGCUUACUGCUGUCCUCCAGCUCGGAGUCUCUGUCCACUCUACUGCAACCACUCAAAUCGACGCACCACCCACUGAGAGACCAUCUCGCCUGGAAGCCAGCUUCGCACUUCCUCGCAUAGCCGACUAUAGGCCAGAUUACUCCCCAGCUAUAGCGUCUUCGAUGCGUUCGCUCAAAGUGUGGGAACCGAACGAGGGUCGGUUGAAUUUCUUUCACGGACGUAGGUUCAUCUUUGUCGGGGAAAGGGGACGAGAGGUUAGUGUCGACUUGCGGGAAGUCGUGAAGAGAGGUGGAGGCGAGUAUGAGUGUUUUGCCGUAGAAGGCGGAUGGAGUAGCUUCCAUGCAGUGCUUGCAAAGGGACAAGGCAAGGGCAAGCCUUUGAUACUUGUUGCUGAUGAACAUGACAUGGGACUUGCUGUGGGUCAAGACAAAUGGAUGGAGAUUGUUCGAGAGGCCGCCGAAUAUAACCUUCACUUUAUCCGCCUAGAGAAGUUGGCUCAGGCAAUCAUGCACGUAGACUUAUCGUACGUUGACUGCAUGCUCAAAGAACCUCUAAACGAUCCCCAUAGAUUCGCUUCCCCACUUCCAGACGUUAUUCCCAACACUCAUCUCGAUGAACCCUCUCUACCAGUUUCGCAGUUCAGAACGGUCACCCCUCCUCCUGCACCUUCACCUUCUCAACCUCCGGGACGGAAGACAAGAAGGCUUGUACGGCAUGACUCGAGCGAUGAACGCUUCGAUCAAGCGGUGGCGAACGCAGCGGCUUCUGGGUCAACGACCACUAUAAGUGCGAAAGGUCCUUCUGCUCAAGUGGAGGAACAAUCAGGGAAGGCUUCAAGAGAUGGCAAUGUGGCUGCCGAUGAACAAGCAUCAAUGGAGAACCAAGAGCCACAGCAAGUACCCCAACCUCCUCGAAGGAGACCUACGAGAAGGCCUAUAAACAGGAAACCGCUCUUUGGGGACGAUGAUUCUGUGCUGCAAGAUGGAGAAUCAUCGACUGCAGAAAGCGUAACUCCUGCACCAAUACCAUCUAGUGCUCAGGCGCCCGAGAAGCCUUCCUCUAGUCGAACUGUUCCACGUCGACGUCCCAAACGUCGCGUAAUUGGCGGGGCGCCUCUCCUAGGCCAGGAAGAUCAUGAUGUGGAUGCAACGUCUGCACUGGAAGCGGAGGCCGUCGAACCUCCGCUCAAGAAAUUUAAGGCGCUAUACGAAGAGAGUGACCCGGAUCGAAUCGCCCAGUCUGGUAUGGAAGAAUACUUGACAAUGUACAGAGGUCUGGAUUCUACUGGGAGUAUGACCCAGAGCGAGACUCAAAUGCCAGGUAGUUCAAGAAUGCAGGGCAGGUUGGAUGUUGUCCGGGAGGAAGAGGAGGAACCCUCAACUGUACCUUCACAGAGUGUUGUUGUUGGAGAGCAGACUCAGGCCGGAUCGAGGUUGAAAAGAAAAGUUCGGAUGGAAGAACCCGCAGAAGAUGUUGAGAUGGAGGACGCUGAGCAGCCAAGACCCAAGCGACGUGCAGUGGAAGGCGUAGAUGCUGUACAGCCUGCUACCGCUAUUCCACCAUCGCAAACGCAGUCCAAGUCCUCCGCUCCUACUAAGCCGCCUUCAGCCAAAGGAUUUUCCAGUAGGGCUCAAUCCCAGGCAGAGAAAAGCCAGCAAUCGUCUUCUGGCGUUGGCGCAGCACCGGGCAAGCCAGACAGAGACGAGGCUUUUUUGAAGGCAGUCGCCUCCACCAAGCGAGGCAGGAAGCAUGAAGACACGUUUGAUCGCGAAUUCAACAACUUGAAGAUCUCGAAGCCAGACCUACGCAAGGAGGAAGCUGAGAAGGAGUGGGGCGUUCUAGAACAGUUUGGUGACGAUGGCGAUGUGCGAGGGAAUUUCAUGGUCGUCGUCGAGAUGGAUGUACCAAGGCGCGAGGCAAGAACGUCUUACAGACAUGGAGAGGGACGUGUAGAAUGGGAAGGGCGGCCUGAUUUUAAGAAAUUCAAGAAGAAAGCUGUUGGUGAACGGAGGAAACCAGUGGAACUUGUUCUCAAUGUCGAUCCAGACGAUUCUUUCCCUUCUCAAAUGCGGAAGGCAUCUCAAUCGCAGAAUGCCCCUCAGAACGACCUAUUCAACCUUGCUAGCGCCCAGGAGCGUAAAAUGCAAACACAACUUCAGGGGACUCAGGCUGUCGUUCAAGAUUCGUCGGAGGAGAACAUACUGCAACCUAUAAAUGCUCGACGGAGCCAACGGGAACCCUCUCCUGUUCACAUCCAAGUCCCUCCCGCUCGCACGAGGUACAAGAGACAACCAAAAUACAUGCCCAACGAGCCGCUGUUCCUUGAAUCAGACGAGGACGUGGACAUGAAUGAUGACGACGCUGGCGGUGAUGUGGCUCCAGAUGUUACCAAGUCAUCCCAGGACGAUCUCGACAUGCCACUACAGAGCACAGCUCCCAAGUCUAUGCAACGCGGAGCCAAACCGACGAGGUCAUCUUCAAGGAAGAAGUCAUCCGCGAUCGUGCUCGAUGAAGUUUCGGGUGACGAGCUCGCGUUCAGGGGUUUUGGAAAGACAAGAACCUAGUAGCAUUUGGUUCGAGCUCACACUAGUCGCAGUCUAUCCCUUGGGACUAUUUUAGGUUAUUUAAUUCAUUAUCGCCCACAUUCUGACUUGACCAUGAGUUGUAACUUCGACGCUUCACACAAGACCAACGCUUACUAGUCGUGUUUGUGUUACGAUCACUUUCAUUUCGGAUCUACAAACACGACUUUCCCUUAUUAUUUUCAUUUGUAACCACAUAUUAAAACCUACCCAAACACACUCAUUGAUCCAUGCUCAAACCUGACCGAUACCAUGAGUAUAUACGAACACAUUGAUACCGCAUGUAUUUAGAUAAUAGUUGUAUAUAUACACCAGAUGAACUUCGGAUUAACUCCAAGUUUCGAAUGGUUUUCAUCUGCUC